CAGAGGAUAAAUAGCAGCUUUGCCUCCCUGGCUCUUCUCUGCAUCCUCCCCGCUUGCCCAACAAUAUGCAUCUUGCCAGUUUGCUCAGCUCCUGCUCCCUCCUGCUGCUACUGGGGGCCCUGCCUGGAUGGGCGGCCAACAAUGACCCCAUUGAGAAGGUCAUUGAUGGGAUCAACCGAGGGCUGAGCAACGCAGAGAGAGAGGUGGGCAAGGCCCUGGAAGGCAUCAACAAUGGAAUCACUCAAGCUGGAAGGGAAGUGGAGAAAGUUUUUAAUGGACUCAGCAGCGUGGGGAACCAGGCCGGCAAGGAGCUGGACAAGGGCAUCCAGGGGCUCAACCACGGCUUGGACAAGGUAGCCCAUGGAAUCAACAAUGGCAUCGGACACACAGGAAAGGAAGCAGAGAAGCUUGCUCAUGGGGUCAACCAUGCUGCUGGACAGGUUGGGAAGGAGGCAGACAAAGUGAUUCAGGGGGUCCAUCAUGGGGUCAACCAGGCGGGAAGUGAUGCAGGGAGGUUUGGCCAGGGGGCCCACCAUGCUGCCGGGCAGGCUGGGAGCGAGGCAGAAAAGUUUGGCCAGGGGGCCCACCAUGUUGCUGGGCAGGCUGGGAAAGAGGCAGAGAAGUUUGGUCAGGGGGUCCACCAUGCUGCUGGGCAAGCUGGGAAAGAGGCAGAGAAGUUUGGCCAGGGGGUCCACCAUGCUGCUGGGCAGUUUGGGAACGAGGCAGAGAAGUUUGGCCAGGGGGUCCACCAUGCUGCUGGGCAGGCUGGGAACGAGGCAGAGAAGUUUGGUCAGGGGGUCCACCAUGCUGCUGGGCAGGCUGGGAAAGAGGGAGAAAAAAUAGUCCAGGGGGUUCAUCAUGGAGUGAAUCAGGCUGGGAAGGAGGCAGAAAAGUUUGGCCAGGGGGUCCACCAUGCUGCUGGGCAGUUUGGGAAUGAAGCAGAGAAGUUUGGUCAAGGAGUCCACCAUGCUGCCGGGCAGGCUGGGAAAGAGGGAGAAAAAAUAGUCCAGGGGGUUCAUCAUGGAGUGAAUCAGGCUGGGAAGGAGGCAGAGAAGUUUGGCCAGGGAGUCCACCAUGCUGCUGGGCAGGCUGGGAAAGAGGGAGAAAAAAUAGUCCAGGGGGUUCAUCAUGGAGUGAAUCAGGCUGGGAAGGAGGCAGAAAAGUUUGGCCAGGGGGUCCACCAUGCUGCUGGGCAGUUUGGGAAUGAAGCAGAGAAGUUUGGUCAAGGAGUCCACCAUGCUGCCGGGCAGGCUGGGAAAGAGGGAGAAAAAAUAGUCCAGGGGGUUCAUCAUGGAGUGAAUCAGGCUGGGAAGGAGGCAGAGAAGUUUGGCAAGGAUGUUCAUUAUGCUGCCGGGCAGGCUGGGAAAGAGGGAGAAAAAGUAGUCCAGGGGGUUCAUCAUGGAGUGAAUCAGGCUGGGAAGGAGGCAGAAAAGUUUGGUCAGGGAGUCCACCAUGCCGUUGAACAGGCUGGAAAGGAGGCGGGUAAAGUGGCUCAAGGGGUCCAUGAUGGGGUCAACCAGGCCGGCAAGGAGGCAGAGAAAUUGGGCCACGGGGUCAACCACGCUGCUGGCCAGGCUGCAAAGGAAGCGGAGAAACUUGGCCAAGGUGUCCACCAUGCUGCAGGCCAGGCCGGGAAGGAGGAGGACAGGUUGCAGCAGAAUGUUCAUAAUGGGGUCAACCAAGCCGGCAAGGAGGCCAACCAGCUGCUGAAUAACGGUCAUCCAGGCGGAUCCACCGCCCAGCACGGAGGGGCCGCAACCACAACCUUAACAUCUGGAGCUUCGGUCAACAAGCCCUUCAUGGCCUUGUCAGUCCUGUGGAAGAGCAUCACCAGCAUCAUUCCCUAAGCUGAUGAUGAACUGACCUGGUUGAAGAGACUGACAUUCCUAUUGUCAUAUCCGCUGAAGUGACCUGAAGGAGCUGGGGCCCGCAGGGCGGGGGGGUGGGUGGGGGGCGCGGGCGGGGAAGGGAAGGGG